UAUUUAUAAAUGCAUAUGGCCUUAUUCACAAGGUUAAAUGCAAAUACCCUCUAGGGUGGGCCUGACUCAGCUCAGGGAGGAAGCCCUGUCUGAAAAGGCUACAGCUUAGGCUGUCACUCUUCCUUCAGCCCAGCAUCUGAUCACAUCUCCUGUCACUCAGGGCCUGAAGGGGAGGGGGCCUUAAACGUUACCCAAUCAGGAACGCUGGGCUGGGAACCGUCCAAUCAGGCACGCAGCUGGAGCGGACAGCACAGCUUCCGGGAUUUGGCGGGGCCUUUGUCUCUUACUGCAGCCGGCGCUCCACGUCUCCUCUUCACUGCUCUGUCUCCUCUUCACUGCUCUGUCUUCUCUGCGUCCAGGGUCACCGAUGUGACCCUGUUACCAGCAGGAACUUGGAGCUUCACAACUAAGACGCCAGGAUCCCCUGGAAACCUAGAAAUGUUAUGUGUUCUCAUUUUACCCAAGAUGUUUGGCCAGAGCAGAGCAUAAAAGAUUCUUUCCAAAAAGUGAUACUGAGAACAUGUGGAAAGUAUGGACAUGAGAAUUUACAGCUAAGAAAAGACCAUAAAAGCGUGGAUGCAUGUAAGGUGUACAAAAGAGGUUAUAAUGGACUUAACCAAUGUUUGACAACUACUGAGAGCAAAAUAUUUCAGUGUGAUAAAUAUGUGAAAGUCUUUCAUAAAUUUUCAAAUGUAAAUAGAAGUAAGAUAAGACAUACUGGAAAGAAACCUUUCAAAUGUAAAAACCGUGGCAAAUCAUUUUGCAUGCUUUCACAAUUAACUCAACAUAAGAAAAUUCAUACUAGAGAGUAUUCUUACAAAUGUGAAGAAUGUGGUAAGGCCUUUAACUGGUCCUCAACACUUACUAAACAUAAGAUAAUUCAUACUGGAGAAAAACCCUACAAAUGUGAACAAUGUGGCAAAGCUUUUAACCGGUCCUCAAAUCUUACUAAACAUAAGAUAAUUCAUACUGGAGAAAAACCCUACAAAUGUGAAGAAUGUGGCAAAGCUUUUAACCGGUCCUCAACCCUUACUAAACAUAAAAGAAUUCAUACAGAAGAGAAACCCUACAAAUGUGAAGAAUGUGGCAAGGCCUUUAACCAGUUCUCGAUUCUUAAUAAACAUAAGAGAAUUCAUAUGGAAGAUAAACCCUACAAAUGUGAAGAAUGUGGCAAAGCCUUUAGAGUAUUCUCAAUUCUUAAAAAACAUAAGAUAAUUCAUACUGGAGAAAAACCGUUCAAAUGUGAAGAAUGUGGCAAAGCCUUUAACCAGUUCUCAAACCUUACUAAACAUAAGAUAAUUCAUACUGGAGAGAAACCCUACAAAUGUGAUGAAUGUGGCAAAGCCUUUAACCAGUCCUCAACCCUUACUAAACAUAAAAGAAUUCAUACUGGAGAAAAACCCUACAAAUGUGAAGAAUGUGGCAAAGCUUUUAAACAGUCCUCAACCCUUACUGAACAUAAGAUAAUUCAUACUGGAGAGAAACCCUACAAAUGUGAAGAAUGUGGCAAGGCCUUUAGCUGGUCCUCAGCUUUUACUAAACAUAAGAGAAAUCAUAUGGAAGAUAAACCAUACAAAUGUGAAGAAUGUGGCAAAGCCUUUAGUGUAUUCUCAACCCUUACUAAACAUAAAAUAAUUCAUACUAGAGAAAAACCCUACAAAUGUGAAGAAUGUGGCAAAGCCUUUAACCAGUCCUCAAUUUUUACUAAACAUAAGAUAAAUCAUACUGAAGGGAAAUCCUACAAAUGUGAAAAAUGUGGCAAAGCCUUUAGUGUAUUCUCAACCCUUACUAAACAUAAAAUAAUUCAUACUAGAGAAAAACCCUACAAACAUGAAUGUGGCAGAGCCUUUAACAAAUCCUCAAAUUAUACUAAAGAGAAACUACAAACCUGAAAGAUGUGAGAGUGAUUUUGACUACAUCUCAAACUUUUCUAAACAUAAAACCAUACUGGUGCCCUAGAAAUGUGAGGAAUGUGACAAAGCCUUUAAAUGGUUGUCACACUUGAUUGUAGGUAAGAUAAUUUAUAAUGGAGAAAAAUCCUACAAGUAUGAAGAAUGUGGCAGACUUUUAACCAAUCCUCACACCUUAUUGCACAGGAAAGCAUUUAUACUUGAGAAAAAUUAUAUAAAGAAUAUGGAAAAGCCAUUUAUAUCUUCUCACAUCUGAACAUCAGAGAGUUCAUACUUAAUAAAAUGCGGUUACUGUCAAAAGAUCUUUCAGAAAAUAUAAGCCUUUAACAUAAGGAAGAGUAUUCUUAAGACAAACAUUGCAAAUAGAGGGUUGUAGUACCUUUACUUUUGUGAUAGAUCUUAUUGUACACAUUUUGUACCAGAGGA